UUCCUCUUGUUUUUAAUUAUGUCAGUUUCGACCCUCCAUACAUUUAACAAAAACACACCAAAUUUAUGUUAAAUCUUCCACCACCUGAUCAGACAGUAGAUGGCAGCAGAGAGCUGGUGUGAGCCGAAGGCACGUGCUCCACGACCAAUAUAUGCAAAUAAGAUGCUUACAAAACGGUAGUUGCGCCAUUAAAUUAUGAAUUAAGAUGCGUCCUGUGCAUCAUAAUUCAGAAAACCAACAUAUUGAAUAUUAUGUAAUAAACGUGCCUUUAAAAUCCACACAUAUGGAGCGUGUUUUGCAUACAUGGAACUGCCCUGUACAGUAAGCAGCGCAUACGUCACGUCACCUCCGCUGCUAUUCAUGCGCGUUUUUCUCCCCAAAUUCCGCAUCGAGUGGGAAACCAAAAGCACACAGGCGCGUCUGGGAGGCUUCUGAGGGAUGCCAGUCUUCUCUCACUUCUUAAAACAACAGCGCCAAUCAUUGUGGACCGUUAAUUGCAUCCGGUUUCCCGCACCUCCUCCUUCCAUUAUGUGAUGCGGAAAGAGAGAUAAAAAAAAACUUUGAUGAAAGGUGUUUGGUUUUCACGCGUGGAUCAGGAGAACUCGGCGUUUGGAAAGCGCAAGCGCCUCGCUGGUGGAGGCGUGGAGGGGGGGAAGAUGAUCUGACUGGAACUGAUUCAGAUAGUUGUUUGUUGUUGUUUUUGUUUUUUUUCUUCUGCUGCACAUGGAGGAGAAGAUACGCCUUGUUUACGUCCUGGUCUGAUUCACUGCCUGGUGCUGCAGAGGAGCCACUCUUUCACGUUGACCUGUAGAUCCCCAUAAAUUACCCUAUGAAUUUCGACCAGAUCCUCGCUGCCAUCGGCGGCUUUGGCAAAUAUCAGAAGAUCUUGUACAUCUGGAUUUGUUUGCCUCAGAUCCUUCUCGCCUUCCACAUGAUGGUGAGCAUCUUCACCGGGGCCACGCCGCCCUACCGCUGCCGGGAAAGCUCCAGCUCAGGAGCGGGGAAUCAGACUUCGCUCCCCGCAGAGAACGUCAGCCUCUCGGACUCCUCCUGCUUCUCCUCGGAGGUGAUGCUGCGGCUGCAGGGCAACCGGACGGAGCGCGUCCCGUGCGGCCACGGCUGGGUCUACAGCACGGAGGUUUUCCACAGCACCACUGUCACCGAGUGGGACCUAGUGUGCAGCAAAGCUGGACUGAACAGCCUCGGAUCGUCCAUCUACAUGUUCGGCCUGUUGGUGGGGUCUGUGCUGUUCGGAGCCAUGGCUGACAGGUACGGCCGACGUUUGGUCCUGCUGCUGUCCAUCGCGCUGCAGACUGUGUUUGGAGUCGCUGUGGCUUUUGCGCCCAACUUCCCAGUCUACGUGAUUCUACGCUUCGCAGUUGGGACCACGAUAUCUGGAGUCAUUAUCAACGCUUUUGUUCUUGGUACUGAGUGGACGUGUACCAAGAGACGCAUGCUGGCGGGCAUCAUCACGGACUACACCUUCGGCCUGGGAUACAUGCUGCUUGCAGGGGUGGCCUACCUGAUACGAGACUGGAGAAAGCUGCAGCUCGCUAUAUCAGCCCCAGGCUUCCUGCUGAUCUUCUACAUACGGGUUCUGCCCCAGUCUGCCCGGUGGCUACUGGCCAACGACAGGAGAGAGGAAGCCAUCGCACUCCUCCGCAAAGCGGCGCUAGUUAACGGCCGGGUCUUACCUCCCGCUGUCCAGGCUGAAAAGUGGGAGUUUUUAGGCGGCUCAAAGCGAAGUCACUCAGCUAUGGAUCUAAUCCGGACACCACAGAUGAGAAAGAGAACCAUCAUUUUGUUCUACAUCUGGUUUGUGAACGUCCUAGUGUACUAUGGGCUGUCUCUGGGUGUGUCUCGGUUGGGGACGGACCUCUACCUGACCCAGUUUGUGUUUGGAUUGGUUGAGAUCCCAGCUCGCUCCCUGGUCCUGGUCGUCCUGCCCUUCAGCCGACGCCUCUCCCAGAGUGGCUUCCUGGCGAUUGGUGGUCUUGCCUGCUUGUUGAUGCUUGCCGUCCCUGCAGAUCAUCCCAAUGUCCUGACUGGACUUGCUAUGGUUGGGAAGUUUGGUAUUACGGCCUCAUUUGCUGUCAUCUAUGUGUACACUGCUGAGAUUUUCCCUACUGUGGUAAGGCAAACAGGAAUAGGCGUGUCCAGCAUGUUUGCGAGGAUGGGGGGUGUAUUGGCGCCCAUUAUAAACAUGCUGCAUAACCACAACCCCGUCACGCCGCUCAUCAUCUUCGGCACUUCCCCGCUUCUGGGAGCAAUUCUCGCCUUGGCGCUGCCUGAAACUGCUGACCGACCUCUGCCAGACACGCUGGAGGACGUAGAGAACUGGGACAUCAGGAUGGCUCCUAUUUUGGAAAACCUCGAGCCGUACGAAGACUUUGAUCCACCAGAGAGCAGCUGCAACAUCUAGCGAGCCAGAACUCGAGUGUGUGCAGCAGAGAUGAGCCGAUUCUGUCAACCAAACGUUUCACUGCCUCAAAGCUCCGACAUCUAACACACUCAAUCAUCUUCUAUGCAACUGCAAGUCACGAUGUGAUUAUGAGCUCUAUCCAAGAGAGCCAGACAUGCUUCACACACACCAAAUCAGCACAAGGUGUUCACACACAAACACACACAAAGAAGGCAUUCAGCGCUCCUGCCAAGGCCAAUGAAAACCUCACUGUUUAAGCUGACGCAGGUGAGAACCAGCAGUCAGGAAUAGCUGCAGUUCACACUUUUGUAUAUCCGUCGCCCAGUUUGUACCUUUAACCCAGUUUUACAAAGCGAACUCAUGUAGAGCAUCCUGUAGAUGUGAGGAAGUAGAAAGCAACUCACCUUAGGAGUUUGCAGACAAUUUUUCCAUAUUUAUAUGCCUUUAUAAAGGUCUAUAUAAAACUGCCAGUUCAACACUAAUGCAGUUUGCAGGCCUGAUAAACUCCGUAGAGUCUCGUUAAAAAGCAGAAGUACCUUUCAGCUCUAGGGUUUUAUGUAUAAGGACAUCGAGUUAAGUGGUUCAGUAAUUGAGAAAGUACAACCUCAGAUGAACAACACAUUUAACAGUUGUCAUUACUUAUUUAUAUGAUUUACAUAUACAAUAUCCUAGCAUUUCUGGCUCUACGAAGAUUUAUUUUCUUCAACGGAUCAAUUUGCUUCAGUUCACCGAAGAUCACAGACAUUCAUUUUGUCAACAUGUCCAGGUUUGGUGCAUCGCUUUCGAUUGUUAUCGUGUUGCGUGACACAGUUUCAGUAACUAGUUUACUCUUUUAUGUUCAAAUUAGACUGUUCCAGACAUCCUGCGUCUUUAUCGAUGCAACUCUGCAAAUUUAUAGGUGUGGCAUUUUGUACCCGUGUCGACUGUUACGUGUACAAAAAGGAGCAUGAAGGGGCUUAAUAUAUCAUCCAUACCCACCAGGUGUCCCUUUGGAAUCAAUAAAGUAUUUUUGAACUGAAUUGACAUCUAUGAAUCUUAAAAAUAAUACAUUUCAGCAGGUCAACUUUUAUUUUGGUUUGAUCAGGGGAUCAUACUCUACCUUAUGAUAAACUGUCCCUAAAACUAUUUGAACAUUUUGUAAUUACCUGAAUUAUUCAUCAAAUUACUAAAUGAAUAAGUGAAAUAAACUAAUACGCAGUGAUUUUUAGCAUACUGGCACAAAAUGGCAACGCUUGGGUAAAGAAAUAUAGGUGUUAGGGUUGUUAGCUAUGGAGGUUUUAAAUGGUGUCAUGCCUGACCUCAGACAGGCAUUUCUUGGAAGAGCUGCAGCUACGUUAAAUUGUUCCAUCUUUGUUGCCGUAGAAUGAUUGAUUGUUCAGAAAGUCAUUUUACGGACGACUUUUCACUCAGGAUGCACCGUCCAAUAUUAAUAUAGUUGUUCUGGCCGAUAAAUGAUAUUUACCGAUAUUAUAUAUAUUUCUCUACCUUUUUGAUAUUAUAAAAUGACCAUCAUGUUAACGUUGCUUCUCCGCUUCAGCUAAACUCCCCACAAUCCUAACCUGCCGAUAAUAAAACAUAAGAAGCAAUAUAACGGAAAUGAGCAUUAGUUGUUAACAUCGCCAUAGUUUUACUUAUGGAAACAAUACGAUAAAAAGUGACCGUCAUCAGCCGAUACUUUUGUUAAUGCCGAUAUAUCGCAUAUCUCUGCUUUUAACAUUGGAAUAUUCCACACACUCUCAUGCUUAGAGCAGUACACCAACUAUAAAGGCGUUGGGUCCUGCAGAUGAUGACUGCACCUCUAAACCCUUCAAGUCUGCUUUCGUUUUGCUACGCAUUGAUUCCAUCUGUCUUUACCAUAUGUCGUUCAUAUGAGUUUCCAUCUUCCCAUCUUUAAGGCCUUUAGUUUGUUUAAGUCUGAUGCAUUUAAACUUCACUGAACUGAAAUGACUGUAAAUCUUGGACAGGGUUCUUAAGCAUUUUCACAUGUCAUACAAAACACUUUUUCCAAAGUGCAUCAUGUCUCUUGAGUUGUAAUGUGAAGCAUGAUUGCUGUUUUUCCAAGUAGCUGCAGCCGAGAUUAGUUUGCAUGCACUAGUUCCUUUUAUCAUGCGCUGUGUAGCCUUUGUAUGACGUUUAUACUU